GGAAACUCUUCUUCGUAUUUGGGAGUAAUAAAUUUGGAAGAAGAGCUUAUUCGAAGGAAUUGUAACUUUGAGAUAUAUGACGAAAUCAAAUAAUUGAAUGAGAAAUUUAUCACGUAUUUAACUAAAACAUCACGUAGUUCGCAAUGUAUGACUACCUUCAGUAUUUUUCCUAAUACAUGACCGCACAUCAUCAUCUUUCAUCCACGCGUGUUUUUAUUUUUUUUAAUACCAAUUGUAUCCUUUCAUUUAAUUAAUGAUUUGAUUUUUUCAUCCAAAAAUAGGUGAUCGACAAGCAUACGACGUAUUGUAGUGGAGCAUGAUCAGCGGUAUAGUAACUACCUUUCCGGAUAACUGCCGUACUAUUAAUGGGAAAUUCCGAUACAUAAGGAAAUAAUUAAUUGAAUGUGAAUGUAUCAUCAGCGGUAAAUAUAUUCAUCUUUUACGAACUGUGUGUUCAUCUUCCCCGCCUCACGUCUAUCAUUUCACCGGCAAUCAUUUCAUCUUUGAAGUGAAGCAGUAUCCAUGGAUUCCAUCCCAGUAGGUUACCCGGAAAUGUGGAUUAUGAUAAAAUAUGAUGGCCAAUGGGUUUCAAAUACUUUGUUCUCUAGUAUUCAUGUUGCCGGCUUAACUAUACCUUCAAAUUGUACGUAUGAUUCUCUAUAUUAUCGUGUUUGCGCUGCUAUGGGUGAGAAUUAUGCCGGGAAGAAUAUUAAGAUUUCAUACGUUUUUGCUACCUGCCCACCUCCCGUUAAUGUAUGUGAUGACGAUGGUCUACACUUUUAUCUACAAUUGAAGAGUUUUCAAAAGGACCCGAUGCAAAUGCCGUUGUGUGUUGAAUUUUUCUCCGGUGAGGAGGUCGAUGCUACGAGUAGAGAGGAACAAAGCAUCACAGGAGGUGUUGAUAUUGACAAUGAAAGUGUAUUUAACCAUUCGAGUGAAGUGGAAGAGCGUGGUGGCUGUUCGUGUGGUGGGUGUGAUGGCGAAGACAAUAAUUUCACUCACAAUCUUGAUAUGGACUUUGAAUUUGAGCAUAUUUCGAGUGCCGACAUUAUGAGGUUAAAUUCUCGGGUUGAUGAAGAGAUUCAUAAUAUGCCCGUACUCAACCAUUUUGAACCCACACGCAUUGCAUUGAAUAGUAUCUAUGGAAGCAAGAAGGAACUUGAUCUUCACCUAAAGAUGUAUGCCAUUACCAACUUCUUUCAGUAUAGAACGAAGACAUCUUGCCCGAAGGUUUUGCAUGUUGUGUGCGUGGACCCCGACUGCAAGUGGGCUGUGCGUGGUGUGCGCAUUGACGGAGUGUCAUUGUUUCAAGUGAAAAGAUUUGACUCUGAGCACACAUGCCCCAUUGAUGUACAUCAACGAAAUAGUCGUCAGGCUACGUCUAGGAUUAUUGCCGAACUUAUCAAACAUGAGUAUGGUGAUGCAUCUAAUAAGUCAUACCCUCCGAAAUCAAUUAUGCUUGAUAUGGAGACCAAAUACGGCAUUUACAUGUCAUAUAAAAAAGCAUGGAUUGCCAAAGAAAUGACAAUGGAACUGGAUAUGGGAUCUGAAAAGGAUUCAUAUGCACGCUUACCUUCAAUGUGCCAUGUGCUUGAAAGGAGUAACCCAGGUUCUAUAGUUUCUUAUUCGUGCAAGGAAAAUGGUGAGUUUAAUAAUUUUUUCAUGUGCCUUUCUGCAUGGAGGGAAGGUUGGAUUAAUUGCAUUCCGGUUAUAAUUGUGGAUGAGUCUUUUUUGAAGUCGUAUUAUAAGGGUACAUUACUCACUCCAUGUACACAAGAUGCAAACAAACAAAUAUUUCAAUUGGUAUUCGGUAUUUGUAGUGGAGAAAAUACUGAAAAUUGGUCAUGGUUCUUCAACAUGUUGAAGCAUUCGCUAAUGCAUAUGGAUGAUCUAUAUAUUGUUUCUGAUCGGCACGAGGGCAUCAUUACCUCUGUGCAUUCUGUAUUUCCUCAUGCGGAGCAUGGUUACUGUGUCUACCACAUAUUGGCUAAUUUGAAAACAAGAUUUCGUGGCACUCAAAAAACUGUGUCAUGGAAGUUUUUGCAGGCUGCUCGUGUUGGAUCUGUGUAUGAGUGUGAAGGGUACCUUCAAAUGCUGGAUAGUGAGGAUCCACGCAUUCGUACGUAUUUAGAGCGGAUGGGCCACCACAAAUGGUCUCGUGCUUAUGCUAGUCGGAAUCGGUACUCGGCCAUGAUGUCAAACAAUGUGGAGUCAUUAAAUGCGAUUAAUGCCACUGCCCGAGAAUACCCAAUAUGUAAGUUGAUUGAGUUUGUUAUUGCACGAAUGCAAAAGUGGUUUUGUGAACGGCGAGAAUCUUCAUCGUCAAACAAUUGCCGUUUAUCUGCACACUUUGAAUCUGAACUAGCAGUUUUACAAGAUAUGGCAGCCGUCAUGAGAGUCAAACCAUCAUGUGUUUUUGAGUUUGAGGUGUUUGAUAAGAGAUCCCGCUCUUAUGUUGUCAACUUGAAGGAGCGGACGUGCAAUUGUCGAGAAUUUCAGCUGGAUGGGUUUUUAUGUGUACAUGCCGUUGCAGCUAUUCGCUCCCGCCCAGGACUUUCUUGCUACGAUUACAUUUCAGAAUUCUAUACAGCACAUCAUUGGGCACAAACAUACCGCGGUAUUAUUCAUCCUAUUGGGAGUCCGGAUGGUUGGAUGGUACCUUCACAUGUAAAGCAAAUCACUUGCAGCCCCUCAUCAUGUGAAUCACGACCUCCUGGAAGGCCGAAGACAAGAAGAAUUCCUUCUGCAGGAGAACAUGUUCGGAGACAAAAAUGCACUCGUUGCCUCAUGAUUGGACACAAUAGAAAGACUUGUAGGAAUCCUAUUCCGCUACACAUGGGUUAAAAAAAGUUUUUAAUUAUUUGUCGUUUUUGUUGCAAUGCACUCUGUCGUACUUUUUUUGAGGCAGUUUGUUAUUUUUCCUUGCAAAUCACGACCUCCUGGAAGGCCUUUUUAUUCUUUUUCCUUGCAAAGUGAGUGCUGCCAUUAUAUUGUGUAUCAAUUCA